AUGCGUUACUCAGCUAUUGCUUCUGUCAUGGCCCUCGGGCUUGCCUCUUUCUCGGUGGCGGCACCGGUCGCCCAGAGCUUCGCAGGCGGCCAGGGAGAAUCUCCCGCCAAAGGCGGGGGAGGUGCUCUAGGUCCAGUUACAAACGCCGCAGAUGGGGUAACGGACAGCUUGGGAAAACUUGGCCUACCAGCAUCAGGUGUGCCGAGCAAUGAAGGCAGCCCUGACGGUGCCAGUGCCUCCAGAAGAGAUAUUGAGUCCUCCCCCAAAGACCAGCCACAACCUGGUGGCAAAGAAUCUAAAGGUGGAGCACUAGGUGGUCUCAUACCGGGCAUUGUACGUCGCGACAAUGCGCCCGCCGAAGGUCAGGGUCAACCUGGUCCCGAAAAGCCUAAAGGUGGAUUACUAGGUGGUAAAGUCGUACCGGGCAUUUUACGUCGCGACGACCCGCCCGCCCAAGGCCAGGAGCAAUCUGGUGCCGAAAAGCCUAAAGAUGGAUUACUAGGUCUCGGAGUUGGGCCCCUGGUACGGCGCGACGAGGCGCCCGCCAAGGAACCCGCUGACGGCAAUCCCUUAGAAGAUGUUCUUGGUGGCUCUACUGGUCAGGCAUAG